AGUGCCACGCACGUUAUUACGCGUCACAAUAUGGCCGAAAUGGAGGAAGAUGAAAACUCUCGUUCUUUGCCUCAUAGAGGCAAAAAUACGCUCUCAGCGAUAUUUGAAGAAAGUAUUCCAGAUAACUGGAAAGAGAAUCCUGAUUUUACUUUGUAUCUAACUGAAUUGAGUUCUUCCAACUUGGACAAGCUUGUGUCUGAACCAGAAAAAUUAUGUGAAGAAAGAUCUCAUCUUUUGGAGGAAACACAGGAUCUAGCAUUUAAUAAUUAUAAAACAUUUAUCAAAACUGCAGAUUGUUCCCGCGAAAUAUUUGAAGAUUUUAUUCGUGUUGAGUCACAAGUAGAUUCUCUUUUAAACACACUUCCUUCAUUUGAUGAGAAGUGUAAACAUUUUCAAGAUGUGGGUCAAGAAAUAAAUUUAAGGCGUUAUUCCAAUUCAUUGAUACUUAGUAGACACACGCAGUUACUUGAAGUACUAGAAAUUCCUCAGCUAAUGGACACCUGCGUUCGUAAUGGCUACUACGAAGAAGCAUUAGAAUUAUCAGCUUUCGUUAAAAGAUUGGAAAAGAGAUUCUCAAACAUUGCAGUCGUGAAGAACAUUAUUAACGAUGUAUAUAGUUCAAAUCAAUUGAUGCUCACGCAAUUACUACAGCAGCUCAGAACAAACAUACAGUUACCACAAUGUUUACGAAUCAUUGGAUACCUGCGCAGACUUGAUGCGUUCUCUGAAACUGAAUUAAGGAUGAAAUUUCUUCAGGCUAGAGAUACUUGGUUAUCCAAUGUUCUUUCUGCAAUACCCCAUGAUGAUCCUUAUCAUCAUAUUACAAAGACCAUUGAAUCAAGCCGUGUACAUUUAUUUGACAUAAUUACCCAAUACAGAGCAAUAUUCUCUGAUGAUGAUCCGGGUUUACUUGCGGUUGAAGAUGAAGAUUUGCUGUCUAACAGUUGUUUGUUUAAUGCUUGGAUCGUCCAAAAGAUAUCUUCAUUUUUAUGCACUUUAAAAGAUGAUCUUAAAAAAGGUGUGGGAAGUCGAUCGGAUUCGUUAUUAGGUCAAUGCAUGUACUUUGGCUUGUCAUUUAGUCGAGUUGGAGCCGAUUUUCGUGGGUUAUUGUUGCCUCUUUUUCAAGAUGCUGCGUUGUCCUCUUUAUCUUCAACCAUUGAAGCUGCCACUCAGAGCUUCAAAGAGGCCAUGAAUGCAUAUGAACUUGCAUCUGUUUCUGCCACCUUAACUGCGACCAUCCUGGCUUCAACUCCAAAUAAGUUGAAUUCUUUGAAGGAAAAUUUGUCUCCUCCAGUUGUGUUACUUGAACAUCCUCCUUUGGCCUCCUACACAAAUGUUGUUUUAACGUCUUUAAAUGAACUUCGUCUGUGUGCGCCUCUUGGCAUUGCCCAGUCUGUCAUGAAAUGCGUGGAAAAUUCUCUUCGUCGUAUUGUCUCCGAAACUUUGUCAUUUUAUCGUACGGAAAGCAGUACCUUGAACGAGCAAGAGAAGGACAUCUUCAAAAGGUUUUGUCAUGUCUUGAGCAAUGAACUUAUACCAUACUUAAACAAAUGCUUGCAAAUUUUAUUCUCCACAAAAUCACCUGGAGUUUCCAAAAAUGCGCCGUCCGUUUUGUCUAUGAAUAUUACUGACCUUGUUUCGCCUCUUUCUUCAAUGAUACCGAACGAUUUGCUCAAACACAACGAUAUCAUUGAUAAUGUUUCAAGCUUGGAUACGGCAAACUACGAUAAAACUGAUUCGAGUUUGCAAUAUAAAGGAGGAGUUUUAAAGCGCUCAGAGAAAAUUAGUAGUGAAAAUGCAUCGACAGAAGGCAAAAUAACGAAUUCAGAAUCUAUGGAAAUGUUUGUAGACGGUAAAAGGUAGCAGAUGAUCCAAAAACUAACGGAGAAAACGUAGAGAAACCUCAUACGACCGAGUAAACUCUUUCGUUAAUUAUUGGUGGCUUGUAGUACUUGUGAACGUUUAGAUUUUUCUAGAGAAUGCCUUAAAAACUCUAUUUAAACCACCCCAUUCAGGCUGCAAGAUUUUAGUUCUUGUAAUUGCUCAUAUCGUUUGCUCAAUUUAAUUGAUAUUAGUUUCUCUGCAAUAUAUAUGAACUUUACUAAGUAAAGCAUGCGCUAUGUCUAAAAAGUUUGAUGGACUCGGCCCAAAUUGUCAUCAUGUGUUUUUUAAUUGUAUUUCUUUCAUUCAAAGUUAUUGAAUGUUGUAAAAUGCAGAAUUAAUAAACAUGUAUUUAUUUUUUA